CUUGUUUUGGGUGUUAUUUUAUUAUUGAAAAUGUUUAAAAUAAAUUCCACUUUAUUGUUAAAUGGCGAGUUCAAGUGAUUUACAUAUCAUCAUUUCAUAUAAAGACAAUGGUCAACGAUUUCUAUGGUGUUCAACUCUUUGUAUGAUUAUUUUAGUGUUGAACGUUUUCAUACUACUUAAUCUAGGUACUUCAUAGAAUCGUAUAAAAUAAGUAGCUAUAUAAAUACUACGUGUACGUAUGUAUUAUCUCUACGUAGCUAAGUGAAAAGUGUAUCUUUCUGAGUAAGUACAUCAUUGAAGUUUUUUAAUUUUGUUCGUUGAAAAAGAGAAAAACUUCAUCACCGGCCGAGUACAUAGUUACUCAAAAUGAUACAGAACAGAAGUUGCUGCUGUAGUUUGUGUUAAGCUAUCCGAGUAUUCUAUGUAGGUAAUCAAUAUGGAAUCGUUGACCAUUGUUAUCACUCUGAAAUGAUACGUAAGUACCGAAGUGCAUCUACAUAUGGAUACUUACUCGUUUAAAUGUUCUUGUGAACACUAAAACCGAACAGUGAUAGAAAUUAAGCUCAUUCCGUCAUUCGAAUCAUAUUUUGAAUAAAUUGUGUUAUAAUUGUGUAUUGUGUAGAUUGUGUUUGUCUGAUUGGAUAACAAAUUGACAAGAUGAGAUUUCUGGUAUUCUUCAUCAGUACUUGACUGAUUGAAUAGGCACUUACAGCACUCAGCAGCGACUUCUGUAUCAUUCUGAGCGACUAUAAGUACUGUGAUUGAUGUUUUUUAACGAACGAAAUUAAAACCUGUCAACGUUGUAGUCACUCAGAAAGAUACACUUUUCACAUCUAACAACAAUUAGACGUAAUGGUGUACUUUCUAUAUGUAUGUAGUAUAUAAAGCUAUUUACGCUACUCGUAGGAAGUGGACUAUUAUGAACUCGUACGUUAUUACAACGCUCGCCUUCGGCUCGCGCAGUAAUAACGCACUCGUUCAUAAUAGCCCACUUUAUACAACUUGUAGCGUAAAAUACCAUUUAAUUUUCAAAAAAAAGGAAAAUAAAAUGUAGCAUUUUGUUGUUUACUUUAUUAUGAUGAGUAAUUUGUUAAGAGGGUGCUCUACCUUUUGUUUGUUUACUUUUAAGCAUACCCGCGGGCAGAGAUUAGACAUUUUUCAAACGCAUUUUUUUAUUAGUUGGAGAGAAUGAAAGUGAAUAAUUAUGAGUGAAAACGUUAUUACUGUAUUGAAACAACAUAAUAAAACUUUGAAACAAGCUAAAUGAUUAAAAUAUAAUGAAUUCAGACGAUUCUCUAUAUUCGAGCAUUCAUUGUCAGUCAUCACACCAUAAUUCUGAAACUACUGAAGAGAAUUUGAUGAAAUUUGGAUAUAUUGUGCAUAAAAAUGGUCCAGAGAGGUUGACGUUGCCCUUUUUUCAAAUUUCUUUGUAUUUUUGGAGAUAUUGCCAUUUGAAAAUUUCAAAUGGCUAUAACUUUGAUUUAACAAAAUUAAUCAAAAAAAGGGCAACGUCAAGUUGUCGGGAAUUCGUUUCUGCACAACAUAUUCAAAUUUCAUCAAAUUCUGUUCAGUAGUUUCAGAAUAAUCAUGUGUCAAGUGUCUGAUGACUGACAAUGAAUGCUCGAAUAUAGAGAAUCGUCUGAAUUCAUUAUAUUUUAAUCGUUUAGCUUGUUUCAAAGUUUUAUUAUAUCGUUUCAAUACAGUAAUAACGUUUUCACUCAUAAUUAUUCACUUUCAUUCUCUCCAACUAAUAAAAAAAUGCGUUUGAAAAAUAUCUAAUCUAUGCCUGCGGGUAUGCUAAAAAGUAAACAAACAAAAGGUAGAGCACUCCCUUAACGCCCAUUUUUUCAAAAUUCACAUAUGUAUGUACCCUAGGCUGUAUGCUGUAAAGAUACAGAUAGAUAAAAGAAAAUUGAUUAAGAACCGCGAUGGAAUGGAAAUUUUUUACUUUGUAAUGAUUAUUUUAUUGAUUUUGUAAGUAUAAAAUUAGUUGACCUUGUAAAAAAUUUUUAAAAGUUUGCUUUUGAACGUAACACAAUGAAUAGAAUCAUUUUGAACAACACUGGAAAAUUCAACCAAUAAACAUCCAGAUUUUAGUUAUCAAUUUCAAUAUCGACCAAUCACGAACGAGGUCAAAGCAGGUCAAGGUCAGAUGUGUUAUUGUUAUUGAAAAUUGAGUGAUAAGCAAAAGUGAUCAAUUCUGAAUCGGUGUCAUCAAAUUUCUUAAUUAAAUUAUGAUUAAAACAAUCAAUUUUAGUAAUGAUGUGACGUGAAACAGUGCCAUUAAGUGUCUUGUGCAUAAUCAAUAAUCAAUUUAAUGUUGCACGCGAGGCUACUUGAGAAAUGAAGACGUAUUCGUCACUCGUAUCUUGAUUUAUUUUUACAUCCUAGGAAUCAUGCGAGCGAAAAAAAGGUUCUCGUUGAUAUUCUUCUGCAUUGUGUUGUUUCUCUACUUCUAUGCUAAUAGAGAAGUUCUGAAAAAAGAAGAACUACCCAUCCUUCUUCAUGAAGAAUUACCAUCGUAUUUCGAUUCAUGGAUACACGAAUUAAGUCAGACUAAUCCUGAAAUAGGCCCAUCGCUCGCGUUAAGAAGAAGUCAUAGUGAUAUUCCUGAUGGUGAUUCCAGAAAAUCAAAUUUUCAAUCCGCAAUAACUAAAAAAUGCCGAAUGGAAACUUGCUUUGAUUUCUCCAAGUGCCGAAAUGGUUUCAAGGUUUACAUUUACCCAGAAGUUGACGUCGAAGAAAAUGAAGUCCGGAGCGCCUUGUAUGAAAAAAUUAUAGACGUGGUUAAUGAAUCAAGAUACAAUACAAGUGAUCCAAAUGAUGCCUGCUUGUUCAUUACUACCAUCGAUACGCUGAGCAGAGAUCGUGGUUCGGACGAUUAUGUUACUAACGUUCCAUUAAAACUCAGAUCUCUAAAAUAUUGGAAUGGUGGCAGAAAUCAUUUGAUUUUCAAUCUGUAUUCUGGAAGUUGGCCACAUUAUGCUGAAGAUGAUUUGGGUUUCGACUCGGGAGAAGCUAUUUUAGCGAAAGCCAGUAUGUCAGUUACGACAAUGAGACCGGGAUUUGAUAUCUCUAUUCCAUUGUUUCCAAAAACUCAUCCUAAACGUGGAAGAGAGCAGGGUGCGAUGAAAGAAAACAAAUUCCCAGUCAACAAAAAAUACUUAUUAGCUUUCAAAGGAAAACGAUAUGUUCAUGGAAUCGGUUCAGAUACUCGAAACUCUCUACAUCACUUGCAUAAUGAUAAAGAUGUAAUUAUGUUAACCACUUGUCAGCAUGGCAAAUAUUGGGAGAAGUGGAAAGACGAAAGAUGUGACGAAGAUAAUGCGCUAUACAGCAAAUACGACUACCAAAUACUUUUGCUUAAUUCUUCGUUUUGUCUUAUACCAAGAGGUCGACGAUUAGGUACUUUCAGAUUUUUGGAAGCUUUACAAGCUGGAUGUAUUCCAGUUUUACUUUCCAACGGGUGGGCGUUACCAUUUGAAGAAGUGAUUGACUGGAGUAAAGCUGCUAUUUUAGCCAAUGAACAACUGCUAUAUGAGUUACCAGAUAUUGUUCGUUCGAUUUCGGAGUCGAAAGCUUUCAUAUUUCGUCAACAGACCCAAAUUUUAUGGGAGCAGUAUUUUUCUUCAAUUGAGAAAAUUGUGUUCACCACUUUUGAGAUCAUUCGUCAGAGAUUACCUACUCAACAAUUUCACGAUGGAUUAGUGUGGAAUACAUAUCCUGGAGCAUUACUCACCCAAAAUAAUUUAUCAGAUUCUUUACGACAUUAUCCGUUUCAUUACGACGUAUACGGUAUCAGUCCUCAAGAUGAGUUUACUGCCAUAAUAUAUUCUCAAAUGUCUCACUCAGUAACAGGAAAUUUACCUAUUUACCGUUUGCUGCGUAGUAUUGCCAGAAGUCAAUAUGUUAAAGAAAUAAUUGUUAUAUGGUGUAACGAUAAAGUAACUCCCCAACAAGUACGCUGGCCUUCAUUUUCUCGAAUACGCUUCACGAUAAUUCACAGCCCGGGAGUAAUGCAACGGUUUCGACUGUUCAAAGAAAUCCAUACAGAAGCUAUUUUGUCAUUAGAUGAAGACGUUGUUCUAACCACCGACGAAAUUGAUUUUGCUUUCCAAGUGUGGAAAGAUUUCCCGGAUCGCAUUGUAGGGUAUCCGGCCAGGUCUCAUUAUUGGGAUGAAUUCAAAAAUAACUGGGGAUACACAUCAAAAUGGACAAAUGAUUAUUCAAUUGUAUUAACAGGAGCUGCGUUUUAUCACAAGUAUUACAAUUACCUGUACACUGAAUGGCUAGGUCCAACGAUGUUGAAAACAGUUGAACAGUCGAAUAAUUGCGAAGACAUUUUGAUGAAUUUUCUCGUCAGCCAUGUUACUCGACAAUCUCCUAUAAAAGUUACUCAAAGAAAACAUUACAAAGAGCAGUCAGCUACUCGCACUUUUUCGAGGUCUCCGUGGAAUGAUCCAGAUCAUUUUACUCAGCGGCAAGUUUGCUUGAAUACUUUUGUUGCGUUAUUUGGAUAUAUGCCACUAGUCAGAUCUAAUUUGAGGUUAGAUCCAAUUUUAUUCAAAGAUCCGGUCUCUAAUCUUCGUAAAAAAUAUCGUCAGAUUGAACUGGUGGAGAGUUGAUUGGACUAGCCUAUUUUGUAAUUUUAUCUCUGUUAUUGUGAUCUCAAUUUUUUUAUUUCAUUUUUCAACUUUUUAGUGUAUUUUUAUUGCAUAGUGUUAUUAUUUUGUUUUUCAUCAUUUUAUUUACGAAUAAUCUAGUCAAUGUGGUACCUGGUAGUAUUUUUAUUCGAAAUAAAGACUGAGAUGUUUGUUA